AUGGCCGCAUUCGACGACCCUCAAGUCUCUCCAUUCGGCACUGACAAUGCUUGGUCCCAAUCCACUUUUGAUGUAGCUCCGCGAGGACGACUAGAGCAGAGCACUGAGUUUCCUACCCCCGACCAAAACCUGGACCCUUUGUUCGUACCUGAGCCUGCUACCGAGUCUUCCUCGUCGGGGCUUCGUGACGAUUACGGCAAUAUCCAACAGAACAAUGUCCCUGGAUCUACCUCGACGGCCGUCGCAGACCAAGGUUCAUUCUCUCACUUCCUAGAUAAAGUGGAAUUUCCUUUUAUCUCACCAUUCGAUGGAGGAAACUGGACACGCACAAAGCGCUACAUGGCCAAGUUGAGCCUUCGAAGCACCGCCAUAGCUACUGCAAUAUCUGCAGUCGAGGCACUCUAUGAAGCCGAAGAACACGGGCAGGAGACGACCAGUGCAAUAGCACUGUAUUACGUUGCCAAAGCAGAACUCGCCAGAAUGCUACGAUUGCCUCUGCCAGAUCUUGAAUUGACAUUCGUCGCCAUUUCUUUGUUGUCAUGUUUUGAGGCCGUUUCUCAGGAAGAUACCGUCCCUAUUACGAUGAAAGGAGAAGGUCCAUUUAUCAUCAAGCUUGAGCGCUGGAUCCAGGAGCGACCCUGGCCCCCUGUCGUAUGCCGCAUUGAGGUAUGGCUGAAACUAUUGCACGUCCGGGCUUUGCAUCUUGGUGGAGGAGGUUUUUUGUCCGCAAAAGUCUGCCAUCUUCUUUCCCACAACACGGUCCCGGUGCCCAGUCUCAUUUUUCUUGACCAAGAGCCUCCUCCAACAUCAAUCCUCUACGACAGUCUCACGUCUCCUCUUUUCGAAUUCUAUAUCCAGACACAGCAAAUAGGGACUGCAAUCUGUGGUCUGAAUCGCCAUCACCGCUCAAGGGGGACUCUGACGGACGAAAAUGAAGUUGAUCACACGGCGUCGAAAAUUCGGAAGCAGCUGAUUUUGUUGCAUCAACAGGCACCAAGUCUUCUACGGCUGGGCCGAGAAGAGCUUCAAUCUGUCGUUCCUGCGUCAUUACUUGAUCAGUUGUCAAUGCUCAUAGACUUGUGCAACGCUGCGUAUCAGAUUGAGAUUGUCGAUCUCGGAAGGGCACAUGGAAAGUGGCUCACUCCGACACGAGAGGCUCAGGAAGCGAUGCAGCGAGUGCGUCAGAUUGUCGAUGAGAAUGUCUCGCGCAAUAACGACGCUGUCAAUCCGGGAUUCAUAUGGCCUAUCUUCUUCUAUGCUCUUGAAGCAGAUCGAGAGGGGGGCACCUGGGCUGUCCAAAUGCUCCAACGAGUCCGGAAGCCCACCUACCAUACUGACUUCAUGGCGCGCUUUCUGGACGGCGUUCUUGAGCUGCAGCGGCGAAUCGUUGAACGGGUUGAUUGCCGUUAUUUUUGCACGCAGAAAUUUGGCAUUGCUCCACCAUACAUCUGA